GGAAACUAGUAGCAAAGUUUAAGGACCAUUUUUGUCAUUUUCUUUUUAUCUUUGUUAGGUGUUUGACAUGUCCACCAAGCCAAAAAAAAAAAAAGAAAAAGAUAAAAGAGUAAUCAAGAAGUGAAAUUUUUUGUAAAUUCCAAAGAAAGUCCAAGAUUUAUCUAUCAGGGUUUGACAUGGUAGGAACGUGAUUAUGGACGAUACGAUACUUCAAAGCGUCUCUCGGACAAUCAUCGUGCACCGUCUUACAUGUGAAAAUGUAUUUUAGUUUCUUUCGAUCAGAGUCUGUAGAAGAUAUGGGAUAUUCUCUGAGUAAGUUAGAAGUAGAGACCGGACUCCUCGAUGGUUCAAGUUCCAAUCACGGGGUUGCUGGCAAUGUUCGUCGUGACAGACCGUCAAAUUAUUUGGACCAUGAAAUUUCUCAGCUUACUAAACUUAGAUCAGGACCCCAUGAAAGUAUCAGUAGAAUCGUAGCAGGUAAAACGGAAGUUCCUGUAUCCACAUUCAAGAUGCUAGCUGCUCGAGAAGCCAAUAUUUCCGGUAGAGGAAGGUUCUCGAAGGCAGAUUGUUGUCACGUUCUAAGUAAAUAUUUACCAGUAAAUGGUCCUUGGAUUGUCGACCAGAUGGCAACAAGGGCUUAUGUGUCGCAAUUUUCAGCAGAUGGUUCCCUUUUUAUUGCUGCAUUUCAGGGAAGCCAUAUUAGAGUAUACAACGUGGAACGAGGGUGGAAAGUUCACAAGAAUAUUUUUGCAAAAAGUUUGAGAUGGACAGUUACCGAUACAUCUCUUUCUCCGGAUCAACGACAUCUAGUGUAUGCUACCAUGUCGCCUAUUGUACAUAUUGUAGAUGUAGGAUCGGCUGCCACUGAAUCUUUUGCCAACAUCACAGAAAUUCAUGAUGGUUUGCUUUUGUCUACAGACGAUGAUGAUUCUUUUGGAAUCUUCUCUGUGAAAUUUUCUACUGAAGGUCGGGAAGUUGUUGCCGGAAGUAGCGAUGAUGCAAUCUAUGUUUAUGAUCUUGAAGCAAACAAGCUCUCCCUUCGAAUAUCUGCUCACGAUUCUGAUGUCAAUUCUGUAUGUUUUGCUGAUGAAAGUGGUCAUCUCAUUUAUUCUGGAAGUGACGACAAUCUGUGUAAGGUAUGGGAUAGACGUUGCUUUAGGGCCAAAGAAAAGCCAGCAGGAGUCCUGAUGGGACAUCUAGAAGGCAUUACUUUCCUUGAUAGUCGAGGGGAUGGUCGUUAUUUCAUUUCUAAUAGUAAAGAUCAGUCCAUCAAGCUCUGGGAUAUCCGCAAAAUGUCUCCUCAUCCUGCUCGCAAUAUAUGGUUCAGGAAUUAUGAGUGGGACUAUAGGUGGAUGGACUACCCGCCUCAAGCUAGCAACGUGAAGCACCCUUACGAUCAAUCGAUAGCCACUUAUAAGGGUCAUUCUGUCUUACGUACUCUAAUUCGCUGCUACUUCUCCCCAGAAUAUAGCACUGGGCAGAGAUACAUUUACACUGGAUCCCAUGACGGUUGCGUUUACAUCUAUGAUUUGGUAAGCGGAGCGCAAGUGACAAAACUGGAGCACCACCGAUCGACCGUUCGAGAUUGUAGCUGGCACCCUAAUUAUCCAAUGCUUGUUAGCUCUUCUUGGGAUGGUGAUGUUGUCAAAUGGGAAUUCCCUGGAAAUGGAGAAGCACCACUUCCUCCAAAAAGGAAACAGCAGAUCAGAAGAAGACAUUUCUUUUAGACAGUAUGUAUAGCGGCUGCACGAGCGCGACUUUUAGGUGAUAAUGCGAUCAACGUUUUGAUUUACGUGUAUCCCCGGACCCCACUUCGUGGGAAUAUACUGAGGUUGUUGUUGUUGUCGUUGUUGUUGUAUUGUACAUAAAUAAAGGCAAAGAUGUACUUUGUAUUCAUGAUUUUACAUCAGUAUGUAUAGCGACUGUGCGAGCGCGAAUUUUAGCUGAUAACGCGAUCAACGUUUUGAUUUACGUGUAUCCUCGGACCCCACUUCGUGGGAAUAUACUGAGGUGGUUGUUGUUUUCGUCGUUGUUGUAUUGUACAUAAAUAAAGGCAAAGAUGAACUUUGUAUUCAUGGUUUUA